CAGUUCCCUUUAAGACAAUGUUUAGAUCUACAACCAAUUAUGGAUCAACGUGCAAUCGUGCUUGGAGAGGAUUCAGAUGGCAAUACUUAUGUACAUUUUCCACAAUUCUGUGGCUACGAUCUCAGGAUAUAUAAACAAGCGCCUUUUCCAGAGCCAGAACUCAGGUAUAUUGAAGUUGACGAGCCAGACGAACCAGUCAAGAUGGAUAGUGAAAGUGAAGAAUGCUUCACCUCAAAUGGAAAACAGAACAAAGACAAGGAUAAAGAUGUUGAACUAACUCCAGAACCAAGAAAAAGGCCAAGUAAUCUACGACAGAAAUUGACCCCAACAAUAAACAGUUUAGUUCGUGGUGGGAGAAGAAGUACCAGAACCAGCAAGUCUUCCCAGGAAUUAAGUACUGUCAGUGUUCAAAGUACAGUCUCCAAUUGUAAUCACUUAAAUAACCUGUCCAAUUCAAAAUCCCAAAGUGAUAAUUUGAAACUCAGUUCAGAAGACGAUCAUAUAAAAAAUAAAGAGAACAUUGAACAGGAAAAUUGUGUUAAAAUGGGAUGUAAGUUAGAGGUGUCUGAUCUCAGUUCAAGAGAAGAAUCAACAGAUAUUCCUGCUGACCAGGUAGAAUCGAAAUCUAAUAUAAACAAUGAGGACAAAAAUCAUAAUAAUUCAAACUCAGUACAACCAUCAGGCUCUUUAACAGAAGAUCUUAAAUAUGAUGACAAACCUGCAAUAAGAAAAAUGAUGGAAAAUCAAAAACUUAAUGGACAAAUCGAUAUAAAAACAGAAAAUCUUGUAUCAAAUACAAAUCUGAAAGAACCUAAAACACCAGCGAAUGAGUCCAGUAAAUUUGAUAUGAAAUUCAAAGACGAAGAUAAUGAUAAGGAUUCUGGUGUGAUAGAAAAAGGACAUGAAAAGGAGGGAAAAAUUAAUAAGGAAUCAAGAAUGGUGGACUGGAUGAGGGAGGAGAAGGUCAAGAGCAGAGAAAAUGAAAAAGAUGAAAAUUGCUUAGAAAACAUAGAGUCAAAUUCUAAAGAAGAACAUGUGAAACCAAAGCUGAUAUUGCCUAAUGUGGAACCAGAUAGAGCAGCUUUUACGUUAGUUUGUGACAGUAUUGAUUCACUUAAGUCUUUAGUGGAAGAAUUUGCAGAGCGUGAACCAGUUGAGGUCACCAAGGGUAGAAGAAAAAAGAUCAUCAAACCUCCAGCACGCACAGAAUCUGAAGUCGAACUUCAUGAAACUCUCACCCGUUUACUGAUGGAAUUGGCCCCCCAUGAAUCAAAACUCUGUAAUGCUGUUGUUAGAGUUAAAGAACGUCUCCGGAAGGAAUUUAAUAACUUCCAAGAUAGCCAAGAUGAGAGCGAUAGUUGGGAGUGUGAAUCAUCAUCAGGAUCAUCUUCUACAUCUGAUUCAGACAGCAGCGAAUCAGAUGACAAAGAGGAAGAAAAUAAAAAUGAAGAGGAGCAAGAAGAGAAACCAGUUGAUGAGGAAGAAGCAAUGGAGACCAUUGAACCAUUUUUAGGUAUUAGUACUAGAGCGCAAAAAAUAUCCAAAAAAAGGAAGUUAAUUGAAGCUAAAAAAAAAGCCAAACUAGGUGGUAAUGAGGAUCAUACUGAAGCAAAAAAGAAAUGUUUGAGUCCAGUUAACAUUACGACAUAUAAUCCUGAAAAUCCAAUACUAGGUUCAUUCCCUGUUGGAAAUCUUGCAGCAAGUCAAAGAUCACUGACAUCUGUCACCUUAAAUAAUAUUCAUCAAACUUUGCAGCAACAAAUUGCUGCUGCAUGCGAUCAACCACAAGGAAAUCAUUCCAUGAAUUCAACAAUGAGCAUUCCAGAGAAGACUCAAUCAGAGAAAAAUCUUGUUAAAACACAAUUAGCAGCUCUGCCAGAAUGUACAAUAGUUGUUGAUGAUGCAGUUUGGAAGGAGAUUCAGAAUGAUCCUCAGAGGCAAAAAGAGGUAGUGUUGAAAUAUUUACUUCAACAGACACAUAAAUUAUCAGGUCAAAGGGACCAGAAACUAAAAACAACACUCUCAUCUCAGGAAAUAAAUCAUGAUGCAAUUGGAGGUACUAAAAAAUUACCUAUUCCAAAAUCAGGUCUAUUGAGUAUUCCACCAGAAGCAUUUGGGGUGCCAUCUGUGUCAAAACAACCUACAUUUGGACAGCCACCUGUGUUUUUGUUACAAACAACAAUAGACAGUCAAAAAAAAGCAAGGCAAACUCAAGAUUUACCAACUAUGUCCAGAGAACCUGGCGAAGGUGCUCAGAAAGAAAUCCUGAUGUCAAAACUGUCAGCUGUUAAAAACAUUCCAACAUUGUGCAGCACAUCAAGCAGCCCAUCUGUCGGUACGAGUCUAAAUAUACUUCAUAGUACUAGUGGUCAAGUCACACCAGCAGAGAGGAUAUGUACUCCAUCAAAAGAGAAGUUGCAACUAACAGAAGCACAGAUUAAAGAAAACAAGGUUAAUGAAGCAAAGAAAAAAAAAGAAAAUAUGUUAGCACAGCAGUGGUUGCAACAGCUUAUCUUACUGCAACAGGCUACUUCCAAAGCACCAACACUUAGUACAUCACAGGUUGAAGUCUCUCAAUCAAAUGUUAAACACAUUACUAAGGUUUCUACUGUGGCAAACAUGACACAACCUUCAGGAUUAAAGACCAAUGUACGGCCCCUCCUUAGUUCAGAGUUAAUCAGCCAAGCAGCCAAGCUACUCCAGAAAAAACCUAACAGUAAUUCCGCUGGUUAUGUGGAACUUGUGAAGAAGGUCCAACAGCUUCCAAAUGAAUCAAAAGGAGCUGUAUUCAUACCUAAUGCAAUAUGCACAUCGAUUCCAUCAUCCGGGGUGAAAACAAUAGGUGAUGGUAAUCUACUUAAGAUACAAAAUCAUGCAACAAGCACUUCAAACAUGAACAAAGCCAACCAGGAGGUUGUAGUCUCCUUGGAUUAUUUGCAGAAGCUUCAACAGCAGUCAAAAUUGAAGCACAGUAAUGCCACAUUGAUUAACCAACAAGUUAAUGCCAACCCUCAAAACACUGCCCAAAGAAAUUUGAUUGUUUUAAAAACAUCUGGAAGUCCUGGUAGUGGUGAUGCUACACCCAGCACAGAGAAUGCUGUUAUGUUCACCAAAAGUCAGUCCAGCAUUUCACCAAAUGCUUUCAAGUUACCAACCACUGUUGCCAAUACUAAAGUUGUUCAUCAACAGAUUGUUGCAACAAAUCAAGGAAAGAUCUGCCUUGUCAAAAUGGCAGAUGGAACUUUACGAGCAUUGAAUUUAGUCCAACAGAAAGCACCAGUUAAAAAAAACAUUCUUUCUUCAAGUCUCUUGAGCAAUCAAAGCACUCCUUUAUCUUUAAAGACCCCGACACCUAAAGCUGCAAUUUCUAUGGUAAAUAAGCCACAGUUGAAUGGUUCUGCCUUGGGAUCAACAUUGAUGACUCAAAAGCCACCUGCUGUGACUAAUAAUCCAUCUAAUCUGUCAAGUGUUAAAACUGCACCAUCUUUGGUAUUACCUUCUCCAAGUCCUGUUGUUGCUACUAAUGCCACAACUCUUUCAGAAAAUACAACAAGCCGACGUCUGCAGAAUACAGCAGCAAAUAUAAUUCUAAGUGGUGAGGAGUAUAAGACAUAUAUGCAUUUGGGAGUUUUGCCAUCUCGCUCUAAUAACCAGAACCAAAGUCAGACUACAGAAUGCACUGUUUCACAUCAGUCUCUCGAAAAACACAAUGAAAUUCUGAACACUAGUGUAAAUGUAGAUUCAACUUCUACCCUUAAAGGCAAUUAUCAGGAUAUUUGUGGCAGCUCUACCUCUAUUACCGGUUGUGCAAAUAUAGUGGUUAAUGAAUUACUUGUGAGAAAUAAAGCAACAAAUGAUGGUUCACAGAACAAAUUUAAUCAAGAGUGACCAUAGGAUGUUGCCUUUUUUCUUCACAAUAUUAUUCUUUACCACAAAGAUGUGACUCAAUGCAAUUCAUAAAAAUAUUUAUUGUUUUCCAUUCAAGUGUCUCUGAAUUGUAUAAUAUUCAAAAAUAUACUGAAUACCAAAGUGUAAAAAAAUUUGGUUUACUGUACUGCUGUUAUUUACAGUCCAUUUAUUUUGGUUUUAAUAAUAAUAGUUGUAGUAUUAUUAUUUAAUAAACAUUACAUUUUAAAGUCAGCGUCAAUAUUGAAAGCUACAAGAAGCAAAUAACAUGGACUUUGUAACUUAUAUUUACUAUGUAGUCAACAAAGUCAAUUAUCAACUCUCAUUCAGAUUCUGCUACUGUUGUUGUUUACUGUACUUAUUAAUUAUUCAGUGGCAGAUCCAGGAGUUAGAAAUAGAGGGGGGCUCAGAGAGGGAUUUUGACAGAUAGAGGCCCAGGCCAGCUCACCCUCAACAUGGUUGGAGGGUGAGGUAAGAGAUGCUUGAUUAUGACACCGUAUAGAUGGGCAAAAAUGACACUCUCAAACUAAUUCGACUUAAAUUUUCUUUCUCCCCACAUUUUUUUAUAAUCUUGAAAAAAUAGGGGGGUGGGCGGGGUGUGGGUUGGUCCCUGUUGAAUCGCCAAUGUUGUUAUUGAAUGCUUUUCUGAAAUAAACAUUCUCACCUAUCACCUUGGUCUGAAAGAUGUGUGUGAGAUAUAGUUUUGUGUUUAGAAUUAGAAAGCAAGAAAAGCAAGCACUCUGUUGAGUUUAUUAAAAAAUUUCAGUUUAUAAUAUUUAUGCUGAAAACUGGUUUUUAAAGAAAAGUUCUCAAUAUAUUUUUUAUAUACAGUA